UGGGGGUGAAUUUUACACCUAGAAAAAUCCACUGUGGCUCAGGAUGAACACAUUUCAGAUUAUGUUUCUCAUGGCUUCAGGGCUCUCUCUUGCCUGGUCUUUAAAUGGAAGGUCCCUCAACCAGUUCAGAGAUAUGAUCCUCUGUGUAAUGCCGGAUAGCUGGCCUGUUUUGGACUACGCUGACUAUGGCUGCUACUGUGGAAAGGGAGGCUCUGGCCAACCUGUGGAUGAGCUGGAUAGGUGCUGUGAAGUGCAUGACCAGUGUUACACAGAUGCUAUGCAGCACCCUGAAUGCUGGCCUGUGUUCGACAACCCUUACACUGAGUUCUAUGACUAUGACUGUGACAAACAACGCAAGGUGAUCACCUGUGGCAAUAAGAACAAUGAAUGUGAGAUGUUCAUCUGUGAGUGUGACAGGAAGGCUGCAGAGUGUUUUGCCAGAUCACCUUGGAACCCUGAAAAUGAACAUCUGCCCAGUGACAAAUGUCAGAAAAGGAAUUCACUACCAAACAUACACAUUUCAUAAUGUUUUAUUAUGUAAAUGAAGUAUAUACAUGAAGUCCACACACUGGACAGUCACAUUUAUAUGUAAUUGUAAUUAUUUCUAAAUGGGAUAAUUGAGAUAUGUAUUGGCUUGUAAAUAUACAGAUGUAUAACAUUACAGCUGAAAAAUUGUAAACUUUCUUUUCUGAGAAUAAAGACAAUCAUAUUUGCA